AUGAAGAAGAAUCCGUUUUUGAAUGAUCUUCUCGCUGGCUGUGUUUGUGGAGUAACCAGUGUUGCCAUUUCACAUCCGAUUGAAACAUUAUUAAUACAGAAAAAGAUCAAUUCACCAGGUGUUUAUCGAAAUUUUUUUCAUUCGUUUCAAUUGAUUUAUAAGCGACAAGGAAUUAUCAAUGGAUUUUACCGUGGCAAUUUGAAUCUACCGUUGAUUAGUCCAGCGUUAAUAACAUCAAUACAAUUUUUCCUCUACGGACAAUUAACACGUUAUUUUGUUCGAAAUGAAAAUGACAUAAGACAGUAUAUGUUGUGUGGAGCAUUGACUGGUCUUGGCUUAUCUUUAAUUGAAACUCCAAUUUGUUUUAUUUUUGCACAAAUUCAUGGAAAUUUAAAUCGUCGACACACGCAUACAUUUAACUUUUAUCUCAAAGAUUGUGUCAAAUAUAUUUACAAGAAUAAUGGAGGUAUCAGAGGUUUUUAUCAUGGGUUUGGUUCGACAUUGAUUAACUCGAUGGCAACGUCAAUGUUUUACUUCGGUGGUUAUGAAUAUAUUAAAAAGCAUCUGUAUGAAAUUCACUAUCGGAUAUUUCCUUUUCAAAAACAAGAGAAACAUUUACGAACAGAUAUACUUUUGAGUGGAGCAUUCGGUGGUCUUUGUGCAUAUUCAAUUUGUUACCCACUAGAUCAAAUUCGAUUAGAAAUUCAAGCCGAUGACGUUCGACCUGGACAUAGAAAAUAUUCGUCAUAUUUCGAUUGUAUUAAACAAAUUUACGAACAAGAUCAUUCAAUUAAAAAGUUUUAUCGAGGAUUUUUUCCCGGAAUUUUAAAAGCCAUUCCAAUUAAUGCGGCUUGUUUUCUUGCCUAUGAAGAAGUUUAUCGAUUAUUAGAAUAA